UGUCAUUUUACUUCCUGUUUUCUUUUUUUAUUAUUCAUGUGACAUCUGAGAAAAUUCAUCCCGACAGUAGGAAAGAACACUUCAGUGCUGCCACGUCAGGAUUACAGCGCCAGAUAAACACCUGUCCGAAAUCCCAAAGACACACACCAAAUAACCAGAACAGAGGAUAUCAGUGAGUUUUCUUCAGAUAUGGAGAGCAAAUAUAACUUGAAGAGUCCAGCUGUGAAGAGGCUGAUGAAAGAGGCAGCAGAGCUCCGGGACCCGACAGAACAUUAUCACGCUCAGCCACUGGAGGAUAACCUGUUUGAGUGGCACUUCUCUGUUCGAGGACCUCCAGACUCUGAUUUUGAUGGCGGAGUGUAUCACGGGCGGAUUGUGCUGCCCCCUGAAUACCCCAUGAAGCCCCCCAGCAUCAUCCUGCUCACUCCAAAUGGACGGUUUGAAGUUGGGAAGAAGAUCUGCCUGAGCAUUUCCGGUCACCACCCAGAGACAUGGCAGCCAUCAUGGAGUAUUCGGACAGCCUUGAUAGCAAUCAUUGGAUUCAUGCCAACUAAAGGCGAAGGAGCGAUAGGAUCUCUGGAUUACACUCCUGAGGAGAGAAGAGCUCUCGCUAAAAAGUCUCUGGAUUUCUGCUGUGACGCGUGCGGCAGCUGUAUGCGCUCCGCUCUGCUAGCGCUCUCUCCUGACAGUGACCCGCGACCUGUUGACCCUCAGGCACACAGACUGGCACAGCAGAUCAACUUUAAGGCUGAAUCCAGCUCAUCGGCUGCAGACAGUGGCAGCUCAGUGGCAGCGGCUUCCAGCGAGAGCUCAGCUACAGCAGAGAGAGAUGCAGAAGACACGGCAUCCGCUGAGCAGGCCGAAUCUUCAUCAUCAUCAUCAUCAUCAUCUGUGGCUCCUCAGACAUCAAGCGAGGGUCCGUCCGUUCCAGCGGCUCCGAGUCCACGUCAGCGGCGCUCGCAGAACCAGAGCCAGUCCCCGAGAUACCCGGCGUUCACGGCGUCCCCCGCCGCUCAGCUCCCCGCGCAGGACACCAGUCACACGGGCUCGGCCGUCCUCAUCGUCCUCCUCACACUCGCGCUAGCUGCGCUCAUUUUCCGCAGGAUCUAUUUGGCCCACGAGUAUAAGUUUGAUUACGAGCUAUGAACUCUUCCUACAGCACUUGAAGAGCACCACUGUCGUUCUGCCCUUGUCCAGAUCCCUGUUUGUCCUUCCUGGACAGAGCUUUGUGUUUCAGAAGAUAUCUGGAUGUAUUCGCAGAACAAAACCUGGAGGGGCAAAUCUCAGUACGCUUGUCAAGAACACGUCAUGGUCUGAUUUCACCCCCAAAAAUGGGGACCAUUAAGAUUUUUUGUUUGUUUGCAUUGUAAUGUUUCAUGACAAUUAUUCCACUCAAAAAAGUAAAUUCUUAUUACUGUAAUGUGUUCUUAAUACUGUAAUUAUAUAUGUACUCUUUUAACUGUGAAGUAUUUAUGCAUAAUGGUAGCAAUUGUACUGCCUUUUUAAUUUAAGAUUUUUAUUUUUUUAUAUUUUUUUUUAAAGCAGCUCAUCUGGACACAUUACUGUAAUGAGAUUGUUUUGCAUGUAAUAAGAAUUUGGGCAUAAUGUUCCUGCUUUCUUAAUGCAAAAUCUAAUUCAUAAAAUUUAAUUUCAUUUUGGGGUGAAAUGUGACCAAGACAUGUUUACAAGUGGCUUGUUUUCAGAUCCUGCGAUUUAUUGUUUAUAUACAGAUUCCCAAAUAAUGCAUUUAAGAAAGUCUGUUGUUACAAAUUGUACAAAAUUUGGUCUUAGACUGAAACUGAAAUUGAAUUGCUUCUGUUGUGUGUUUGCUUAUCCCAGAAUUAAACAUUUACAUACUUUUAAAA